AAAGAAAAUCUACUGAAGUCAUUAAAUAGGCAUAGCUUUUGAAUCGUGUGCAGAGGUCGGUGAGGAUGAUUGUUCAGGAGUAGAAACAGAAAACGGCAUGACAAAAAAGGGCACAAUCUUCCUUAUAUAAUCUCUUGCCACCCGGGUACCCCAGUAUCUGCUUGGAAAUCACUCCCUACCCACUUCUGCUUGCGAAAGGCACCACUUGAAGCAUGCCCUGCAAUAAUAUUUUAGCCAAUAGACGGCGCUUUUGAACCAUGAACAGUAGCCCAGGCAAAAUGGCUACCAGCACUGUGGGAAACGUGUGCAGACUGGUACUUUGAAGACUUUACAUCUUUACUGAGAUUGUGAGAAGUCAUCGUAAAAAAUUUAAACUUCUUGAAAGCAGGACGCUUGCAGCAGCAAGCGCCAGUUGUGAUUUCCUCGUGGUUCCUACAAUUGUGAAGCACUCAAAGAGUAAUCCGAGUUCGGGACCCAGUGUUUGUGGAAUCUUGAAACUUUGUGGAAAGGGAAAAAUCAUGAAGACAGAUCCCCAGAAACUAUUGUCUUCUGGAGAAGCUGUGAACUUUGACCCUUCAGAAAGGAGUAAAGGAAAGAAGAAAAGAAGACAGAAGGAUAGAGUUGAUGAUAAAGUAGAGAAUGAGUCCCAGAUGGAUGAUGGCACCACAAGGAGAAAUCCGGACACCCAACAAAGGAACAGAAAGAAACGCAAAGAUGACUCUGGUCAAAAGGUUCAACAGAUCAAGAAAAAGAUUCCUAGAAAACAAGACAGAAGUAGUGAUGGGGAGAGUAGGAGUAGAGGAAAAGAUGCAGAUCUUCAACCGAAGGAAGAGAUGGAGACACCUGGGGAGGAGAGAGGUGAAGAUAAAGAUGAGCAGGAGGAACUAAGUCCUGAGGAGGUCAGGAAGAUGGAGAGAAAGUUGAAGAAAAUGAGGAAGAAAGAAGCCAAGAAGUCAGCACUACCUCAAGAGCCAGUUGUAAAAGAAGAGGAGAAGAAAGAGUCUGUUGUCCACCUGGGCUCUGUGUACCUGCAGACGUGGAAGUCGGAUCGGCCCAACUGGGUGUUCCGCAAGGUGCGACAGGUGUGGCUGCUCAGGAACAUGUACAACACAGACAAGGUGUCUGAUGAAGACUUCCCCAUCCUGCUGGAGUACCUGGCUGGUCUGCAGGGGAAGGGGAGGGAGACGACUGUCGCCGAGGCGGAGAAACUCCUGCAGGGUCAGGAACACGGGGAGGAGGAAGUAACAGGUGAGACCGUGUCAGCUGUCCAGCUGGAGCGUGUGAGACAGGUGCUGCAGGUGCUGGUAUAGAAGCAGGAAGGAAAGUGUACCCUAUGGAGAAAAUAGCCUGCCU